GAAUUCUUUGCUCUCACAUCCUCCUCAUUUCCUCUUCUCUACUCUUUUAGCUCAGCUUUCUAUUUCUUACCUUCCAUUUUGUUUUCUUAGAAAUAAUUGCCAAAAUGGGGUUUACAAUAGAAAAACAAAUGGUUUUUCUCGGUCUAGUGGUUCUCUUUCCUUUACUUUGUACCUCUCAGAACACCUUUACAAGCUCUAGAGCAACCUAUUAUGGUAGCCCUGAUUGUUAUGGAACUCCAAGUGGUGCCUGUGGGUUUGGAGAAUAUGGAAGGACUGUCAAUUAUGGCAAUGUUGCAGGAGUUUCUAGGCUCUACAGGAACGGAACUGGCUGUGGUGCAUGCUAUCAGGUUAGGUGCACAAAUCCUCAAUAUUGCAGUGAUGAUGGGGCAAACAUAGUGGUGACUGACUAUGGUGAAGGAGACAGAACAGAUUUCAUUCUCAGCCCAAGAGCCUACGCAAAGUUGGCAAAGGCAAACUUGGCCUUGGAAUUGUUUGCUUAUGGUGUUGUUGAUGUCGAAUACAGAAGGAUUUCUUGCAAGUACUCUGAUUACAAUCUCAUGUUCAAGGUCCAUGAGCAUAGUAGAUAUCCACAUUACUUGGCCAUAGUCAUUCUAUACGUAGCAGGACAAAAUGACAUCACAGCGGUCGAGUUGUGGCAGGAGGAUUACAAAGAAUGGAGGCCUAUGAGAAGAGCCUAUGGAGCAGUAUUUGACUUGGCUAACCCACCACCAGAUUCUAUUACCCUGAGGUUCCAAGUGAGUGGAAGUGCUGGCUAUACCUGGGUCCAAUCCAACAAUGCUAUCCCUAGUUAUUGGAAAGCUGGUGCUGUCUAUGAUUCAACCAUUCAGCUUACUUAGAUGGAGUUUAGAGUGUGUGUGUGUGUGUGUGUAUACAUGUACACACCAUAUUCUAAUUUAAAUAGGAUAGAGAUUACUUAUUUAAAUUGUUAGCUUUUUCAGUUGCUUUGUGUUAGGUAUGCUAUAUAGUAUGGCAGAGUUGGGUGCAGUUCCUCUACUGUCUUUGCUCAAUAAAUAAUUAGAUUUGUACUUUUAUAUAUUAAUGAAAUAUGAAUAAAAUAAGUUCCAAAUUUUUGGAUCUUUUUUAUUA